AUGACAUGGAAGACGGAUGACACUUUCGUCAUGGCUAGCGUAUCAAGUCUAAGAAAGGUCAUCAUUAAUGGCCACUUUGGGGAUUUGGCACACUUUGAUUUUGACAGAGAACUUGAACAACAUAAUUUUAAUCUCAUUUUAUUACUAGGGUUUGUGAAAUCUGAAUGUGCUGAGUACAGACACAAGUUCGGUCACUUCGGACGUGACCGUCUAGAUUUGUUGGCCAACAUUGUUCGAGAAUCAAAGAUAAAGGCUCUGCAAGCAAAAUUGUUUGAUAUUGAGAGUUAA